AGCAGGAAGACGAACUGUAGUGGAAAAGUUCUUUAUCGCCUCAUAGGUCUUUAUAGCUCUGUCGUCCCACGCAAUCUGAGUCGCUGCUGACGUCACGAGAUCCCAACUUAAUGAGCUUGUUGACGUCAUAAGGUGUCAAAAGCGUCUGGGAAAUGACAGAGCAUCGGGACCCGACGGCCACAAGAGCGCAUUACGAGCGCUGCGGCGGAAGCGGCCAUUCUCACGAGGCGGCUUUGUUUCCUACGCGAGAACAUCCAUUCUCCCACGGCCCCCUUCCGUUUUCCCACGGUCCGGAUCCCUUCUCUCUGGCCCACGAAAUGUUGAUGUAUGACGGAAGGCCCCGCGCGGACACAUACACCUCCGGUGCUCUCGCUGUCGAGGAAGGGGAGGGCGACACCGCAGGGAUGCGUUUUCACGGUGCCCGGCCACGCAUACGCUCCCCGGAUCUCGAGGAUGAGACUAACUCCUCCAGAGGCUGCUGCAGCGAGGCCGACGAUGCGAGCUCACUGUACCCUUCGCCAGAUCCCCCUAGGACCUUCGCUGAGCCUGCGCUGCCACCCCUGGCAACGACGCCCCCUCUGGAUAUACCGACGGCACUGUCUUCGUUAAUGUCCCUGACCACCUCCGACUACUUUCCAGGAGGCUCCUAUCCUCAUGCGGGAUCCUGCACUGAUAUUCCCCCCACUCCAACCUCCUCCUCCUCCUCCUCCUCACCUCCACACGCGUCACUGUCGUCCUCGAGGAUGUCCCAGCCGUUCCAAGGGACACCUCCGAUGCUUCUGACCGACCUCCCGGAGUCUCUCAUUUCGCCCAUGCGUCUCUCGAAGCCCAAGAGGAACCCCAAAACGACGGAGGCGCAAACGCAGCCCCACACGAAGGUGUCGUCCACUUAUUCGACUUCCUCCCACUCGAGGGAUUCUUAUUCCCCCACCCGGGAGGAGAUGGAGAGGGAACUGGAGAUGAAGAAAAAGAAAUGCGAGGUUUGCGGGGACGUGGCUCGUUCGCUCCACUUCGGAGGUCUCGCCUGCGACUCCUGCAAGGCUUUCUUCAGAAGGGGCGUCAUCAGCGGAGGCUACAAGGACUUCGUCUGCUGCAACAACGAGAACUGCGCCAUCACGGUCGCCAAUCGUCGGAGCUGCCAGGCAUGCAGGUUUGCCGGAUGUCUGAAAGCAGGAAUGAUCAUGUCCUUAGUACAGCACGAUCCAAAGAAUUCUGGCGGCCGACAGUAUCCCAAAGGAAGUGAUCACCCAGUUUUCCAGCAAGACCCGACAUCAGAAUACAGAGAGUCCCUUACAAGCACAUCCUCGAAGCCUACCAGACACACUACCAGCCGGAUUAGCUCCUCCUCUGGGUACACAUAUGACCAAGGUGAGUCCUACAGUAGGCUGUAUGGCAGCCAAAGCAAUUAUGGGAACCCAUCCUACAGCUGUGAUGUCGAUGCGGAGAGAAGUGAGCCAAGGUACAGUCAGACUACAGGCAGUGGAAGCCUUAGCUUAUCAAGGCAGUAUUCUUCAGAUGGGUGGGAACAAGGACCCAAGGGAGCAAAGAAUAUAUACAGGACCAAAAAGGCUCAUCAUUCGUCCAUUAGUGAUACAUGUGAAAAAGGACAUUCGAAAAGCGUAGCGAGUGAUAGCAGUUCCAAAGUGAUGCGCAGCAUAAAAGGGAUGAAGGCACACCUAGGACCACAAGACUAUGCCGAAAUUAAGAAACUGCACACUAUUUAUUUGCAAUCAUUUAACAAAAUUUCAAUUCCUCUAGAAGACACAGUGAUAAAUGAGAGUAAUCUAAGCGUGUACUAUUCAUAUUUUGUUCAGAGUCGUGCCAAGUUUUUGCUAGGAAUCCCACUGUACAAGACUCUCGCUGCAAAGGAUCGUAAGAAAAUUCUGCAAAUUGCUGUGUCUAUGAGCACUUAUAUAGUAGGAGCUCAGUACGUUGAUCUAGAUAACCAUGUCAUAGCAAACAAAGAUGAAGAUAAGGAAGAAAUGGCUGGACCAUCUAUGCCAAUUAACACUAUUCGUCAAUUUCUCACAAAUGAUCAAUUUGUUGAGGUCAUGAUGUUUUUCUCAAACCACGCUUCACUCUAUGCAGACAUGACUGUAUCAAUUCUGAUGCAAAUAAUGGGUCUAACUUACCCUGAACCAGGGCUGUCAGAUUCUGUAGUCGUUGAGGCUGGAAGAUGCCAUUAUGGAGGGUUACUAUCUAGGUACCUCAUGGCAGUGCAUGGCUCGACAGUGGGGCAACAGCACUUCCAGACUUUACUGGAAAGUCAACAUGAAGCGCGAAAGCUUGCAGAAAUGCUGCAGAACCUUGAGCUAGUUCACCAAGCUCCACAGAGAGACAACUCGUCAAUCAAGAAAAUUCUCGGUGAUGGGAUUAGGUUAGUGUGUGACGAGGUAAGAGAGGGCCUUGCGAAAUCAAGACAAGAACAGAGGUACCCAGAUGACUACAGUGAAUAUCAUUCUGGGCAUUCCGCUGAUUAUCAUGCGGAAGAUUCUGAUGUCUGUGCUGGAGCUGCAAGUAAAUUAAAACUCAUAGAAAAUACACUUCAGCAAUUGGCCCGAUGUGAUGAUCCAGCUAUCCUUGCAGAAGCACGUCGUAUUCUUCCAGUUGAUCUCCUAAAGAAAUUUUCUGAACAGCUUCAGGAUAGCACCGAAUAAGUUAUGAAAACAAUGACAUUGUUAAGUGAAAGGCUGAAUGAAACUUUAGUGUGUGUGUGUGGUAUAAUUCAGCUUCCUGUGAAAAAUCUUGGGACAUAAAAGAAACUUUAUACUCCUUUGUUUGCUAAUUUACUCCUGAGUUUUUCAUGCAUUAAUUGUGAUAUAAAACCAAACAUAAGGAUACCUAUAAAGUAAAACAUAGAAUUAAGGAUUUGAUCACGGUUUACAUGCAUUCUCUAUCAGAAACAAUACCAAACAAAGCCACGUGUUUCAACAUAGUAUUAGUGAUUCUUAAAUUAAGGCUAUGUAUAUUUCACAUGAUAAAUCAUAAAACAAUUUCUAUACAGACUUACUGUUGUAAAAGAUUUCUUCGACAGUAAAAGUAACUAACGCAUAACGAACACAAUUACUACAGUUUAUUGCAAGGGAAACUGGAAAAAUAUCUUUCAUAUGACGGUUCAUAUAGUAAAUAUGCUAGGAAGAGUAACUACUGAUAAUGCAAGCAGUUAUGUACUUUAAUUAAUAAUGAUCAAACUUACAAACAUAUCAAUUAAUAAUGAUUAAACUUACAAUCAUAUUAAAAAACAGAUAUUCUUUGAAGAUACAUUCCAUUCAUUUAAAAAAACCAGCUUAUGCUAUUAAACAGCACAAGGCUGCUUCAUCUAAAUAUCUUCCUUCAGCCACUUUGCUGUACAGUGGAUCUCAUCUCUUAUUAUUCUUAAGAACAGAAAAACUAUGUCAAUUCUACUUAUCUAAGGAGCCAAAAAUGAUCAGUCUAAUUGGGUAUGGAAUUUAUUUAAACACAAGGCAUAAAAAUAAAGGAAACGAGGAUAUUACAGAGACCAAUAAAUUCCUAAAAUAAUGGUUACAAUACUUAAAAUGCCAUGUUCUGAAAAACUGUAACAAAACGUUUAUAACUCACGAUGUUUGCACAACUCAUUCCAUAUUCUACAACCUAUCCAGGUUGUUGCCUUGAUAUCAAUUAUGUAGGCUACAUGAUGAGAUGAUACAUGACAGUUACAACUACCUAUUGAAUUACAUGACAACGUAUUCCUUUAUAACUACAUUCACUACCAAUAUCAGGCAGGGAUGGUCCAUUGUCAGUGGAGCUGUCUGUAAUUGUUGAGGAACGCAAGACACUGAAAUGGUUAAAUGCAAAGAUUUUAAUAAAUAGGCUGCUUAUUCAUAUUCUUAUAAGAGGUAAAUUUACGGCCAGUCAUUCACAAUCACUAAUACACCUGUAUCCUCUCAUCUCAUCACACAUACACAUGGCUGUACGCAAUAAAAAAAACUCAGUACUUAACUAAUCCUUUCUAGUGACGAUGUAUCUUAGAUUAGUAAAUAUUUUUGUUCUUUACUUUUUGUUGUACCUACAAUCACAAUAAUACCAAAGUAUUUUACCAACAGAUAAAAACUUAUGUCUUUCAGU